GCUCUGGGGUAGGCGGGCCCGGGCCGGAUAGUGUCGGAGUUUGGUUCCCGCACUUCGCUGAGGCUGGUUCUGUGAGAACGUUAUUCGGUUUGCUGCCCCCGGGGCGGUCCGGAGCUUUGGCUUUUUAUUCUUGGGGCCCUCUGUCGCCGUCCUGCUUUAGCUAAAAUCAUGGGAGUAAAAGUGCAACGUCCUCGCUGUUUUUUUGACAUAUCCAUAAACAACGUACUAGUUGGGAGAGUUGUCUUCGAACUGUUUUCAGAUGUUUGCCCAAAAACGUGUGAAAAUUUCCGCUGUCUCUGCACAGGUGAAAAGGGUAUAGGGAAAAUUACCCAGAAGCCUUUGCAUUACAAAAGCUGUUUAUUCCAUAGAGUCGUUAAGGAUUUUAUGAUCCAAGGAGGAGACUUUAGCGAGGGAAAUGGAAGAGGUGGAGAAUCAAUAUAUGGAGGUUUCUUUGAAGAUGAAAAUUUUACUACUAAGCACAAUAAGGAAUUUCUGCUGUCAAUGGCCAACAGAGGCAAGGACACAAAUGGAUCGCAGUUUUUUAUAACAACUAAACCUACACCACAUUUGGAUGGACUUCAUGUUGUUUUUGGACAGCUCAUUUCCGGCCAAGAGGUGGUUAGGGAAAUAGAAAGUCAGAAAACGGAUGCUUCCAGCAAGCCAUGUGUUGAUGUCAGAAUACAGGAUUGUGGAGAGCUGGUUCAAAAAUCAAAAGCUAAGAAAGAGAAGAAAAGACACAAAUCUUCGAGUGAGUCUGAAAAUUCCAGUGACUCUGACUCUUCCUCAGAAUCCUCUUCUGAUUCUAAAAGCGACGGGGAGGAAAAGUCGAAAAAGAAAAAAAAGAAACACAAAAAGAAUUCGAAAAAGCAGAAAAAGGAGAAGAAAAAAAACAAGAAGUCAAAGAAAAGUUCUGAGAGUGAAAAUGAAGACCAAGAAGUGCAAGUAACGUCCACUGUCCGUCCAGAAGAGAUCCCGACCAUACCGGAAAACAAAUUUUUAAUGAGAAAAAGCCCUCAAAGAGCAGAUGAAAAAGAAACGAGAACAAAUGACAGAGAACGGGAAAGAGAGAGAGAAAGGCAAGUCAACUCGCAAGCAUCUCUUUACCAGAGAAGACUUUUGGUAACGAGAUCUGGAAGAAAAAUCAAAGGAAGGGGUCCCAGGAGAUACCGUACUCCAUCUAGAUCUAGGUCCAGAGAUCGCUUUAGGAGAAGUGAAACCCCCCCACAUUGGAGGCAGGAAAUGCAGAGAACCCAAAGGAUGAGAUAUUCUAGUGGAGAGCGUUGGAUCAAAGGCGACAAAAGUGAACUUAAUGAUAAAGACAAUCAGAAAAGCCCGGUAAGAGGAAAAGAGCAGAAACAGCCCGAUGAAAGACCAGAUUCACAGAUCCCGAGCAAUCAGGAAAGGAAGCCUAAAGAUCACAAAUCAAGCAGCAAAGACAGAGAGUCAAAGAAAGAUGCUGAGAAAGAAGAAACGACUAGCAAAAGUAGGAGUAGAAAAAGAACAAAAUCCGAUAGCCACAGUGAAAGUAAAGAUAACUCGAGAAGCGACAGAGAUGCUAAACACAGUAGACAUGAUGACAAAGCAAGGUCUAAGAGUAAGGAUCGGGAUCAUGAAAGAGGGAGGGAAAAAGAAAAGCACUCAAAUAAUAAAGGGAAAGAUAAAGAGAGAAGCAGAAGUAAGGAAAGGUCUAAACCUGGCUCCUCAAAAAAUGAAAGAGAAAAAAGUCAGAGCAAGGACCGGGAGAGGAACCGAGACAAACAUGGAAGAUCAAGAAGCAGGGACCGAGAGUCUGGUAGAACAAAACACCGCUCCAGCAGUAAAGGUAACGAGCGAAGUAAGAGCAGAGAGAACAGGAGGAGGGGCAGGUCAAGAAGCAGAGAAAAUAACCGUGCAAGAAGCAAGGAUCGAGAGCCCAGAAGGAGAGGCCGGUCCAGGAGCCGAGACAGAAAAGUGUCCCCAGAAAAUUCCAAAAAAAGAGGAAACAGGAGUAGGGAUAACUCAAAAGAUUCAGAAAGAGAAGUCAGUAAAAGUAAAGAUUCUAAUAGAAGGGAUGACAAAAGUUCACAUAGAAAGCUUUCAGACCAUGACGACCAUAGAAGAAAGCAUUCUAGGAGUAGCAGUCCAGAGAACAGGUGGACUAAGAAAGCAAGCAGAGAUCAUGAUGGAAGUCCAGACUCCAAGAACGUACGCGGUAAAGAUAGGGAGGAAAGAUCUUCAACACGCAGGAGCAGAGAUAAAGAAAAGACACGCGGAUCUUCACACGAGAAGGAAUCCAACAAAAAAUCAAGAAGCAGAGAGAGGGAUCGUUCUCAAACGAAAGAGAAAAAAUCAAAUCUUGAGUCGAGCCCAGCAAGAGUUGAUUCUACCAAUGAGAAAUAAAGUAUACAUUUUACUUUGGGUUACAUUCUCUGUUGAUGUUUGAGAGAUGUAUGCUGGUGGACAUUUAUUUUUUUAUUAUGGACCUUAGUUCCUUUUUUUUGUUUUUUUUUUAUAUGUAUAAUUCUCAAUCUGGAACGUUUGUAAUGUUAAAGUUUUAAUAAACCAUCAAUGAAAAACUUUUAGGUCUAAUACUUUAUCAGUAGAUGUUCAUAGAGCUGGUCUUUUUUCAAUUGCUUUAAGUUCUGACUCCCCCCCCCCUUGUUAUUUCACAGAGUGCAUGUAUAUAUUUCAUCAUUUCUGUUUAGGCUUUAGCUAUUCCUAGUUUGAUGCUGUCCAGUGAUUAUUUCAUGUAUUCAGUGGUUUAUAGCUUGUAAUAGUUUUUGUACAGGAAAUAAGCAAA